AUGUCAGGAAUAAAACCCAAAUCCAAGCACAGCCCUAAGGCGAUCACAAGGCUGAGGGACAAGCUCCCAACAGGACCAUCGGCCGAGGGUACAGGGUCGAUUGAGAUCGCAGUUUCCGAGCAGUCUGUGUCCCCGGCAAACUGGCGGUCAAGUGAUGAGCAUUUCCAAUUGGAAAAGAGUGCGAUAUUUAGCAAGGUGCUCCCCGAUAAUUCUCAGAACAACCCUGUGCUUUCUCCCCCCUCGCGGUUCUCGAGUCUAACGCCUUGAAAGUCCUGGAUCUACGUCACACACAGUUCGCGGUUCGAAAAAGUGGGAGACUGGGUAUCUUUCGAGAUCACGGAUCUGCCAUUCUUCAUCGUCCUUGGGAAAGACAACCAGCUACGCGCGUUCGACAAUGUAUGUAGGCACCGAGCAUACCCCGUCAUUCGCAGGGCAACGGGUAGCUCCGUAACCAUAGGUAAUUACGCACUCGGCACAAUCCUCCAUGACAAGAGAAGGGUGGACGCGUUGUCUAACGACGGACACACGCAGGUUGCCGAUACCACGGCUGGCCAUAUAAUGUUCAAGGGGCGCUGAUCAAGGCACCGUGGUUCGAAGGUGUUGAGGGAUUUGAUAAAGAGCGCAAUGGCCUGUUCGAGAUACACGGUCGCACAACCAAAGAAGGGUUAGUUUUCGUAAACUUGGACGUCUCCAGGAGUGCUGUCGCGCAUCCCGAAGAUAAGCUUAACGCAGCAGCAGCAGCAGCAGCAGCAGCGUUGCACGGAGGAAUCAAGACAAGAUGGGUGGAUGGUUGGGCAAGGGAAGGAAGAUUCAACUGGAAAGUACGGUAGCCCUUCGCAAGUUUGUUUUUCCGAUCAAUCCUCGGCCCCCGCACGAGAUCCGUCCUGGGUUGGAGACGGAUCGGCAUGCUUCAUACCUUAAUGACAAUUUUGAUACUACGCACCCCUCGAGUCGUAUACCGGUACUUGUAGCCCUUCCGAACACGCUGGGUAAGAGUUUAUUUUCUUUUUUCCUCCCAUGAAUCAGCAUCGGUAGUCGCUCGAACUCAACUCCCAUAGGCCAAGAAUGCAGGGGAACGGGGGAGUCCGUGAUCUUUCCCUAAUUCCAGCGCAGUCAUUGUUUCCCUGCCGCGACAUGGAGGCCUCGUCAGUUGGGCCCAUCGAGUUCUCAUUCCUUCCGUCGCACAAUUCUAGAUUGUCUCGGGCCAUUCUCGUUUUCCCUUGGCAAAAGGCUUGGAGUAAUCAUGGCUGACGGCGAGACCGAAUCGAGUACCAGAUUACCCCGAACCCAGGACGGAGAGCAGCCACCAACUGGUUCAAGAUCAUAUGCCUCAACACUCUUUAGCUCUCUCUCCCUUCCGCCUCAAAGAGCAGAAGUACUCGUACGAGUACCCACAUAUUUCCCGUAAUAACUCUUGUCACCCCGGGCGGCGCAAGAGACGGUGGAAUCUGGUUUUCCAUACGUCUUCUCCCCUUAUCUGUGGAAACAUCCGUGUUGUCGUACGAUUUCUACGGCGAACCUGAGAAUAGUAAGGAUGAUGCGGAGAGUUUAAAGGGGAUGGCGAAAAAUACAAUCGAACAACUGGAGGCCAAACAGAGGCAGUUGUGCGCAAAAGAGUACCUGUACCAGUACUUUCCCCCCUUUUUCCUUUUUUAUCUCACAUGAGGUCACCGAGUGCCCAGUGGAUGGAGGGAGGACGGUACCGGUGCCGUAUCAUACUGUAGCACAGGGAUUCUAAUCGGUGCUAGACUAAGACAUAUUUCUUGGGAACCCUCAAGGGUCGGAGGUGUUGACGACCAGCACGAGGGUGUGAAGAGGAGUGAGAAACAGCGACUGAUCAAUGCCACCGAAAGUAAUUUGUUUUUUGUUCUUUUUUUUUCCUCCUGCCCCCCCCCCCAACCUCCAGCUCACGGUGCCCAUCCGUUCUUAUCCCUUUUCCCUUUUUUUCCCACUAUCCAUUAUUUGCUUCUCCAGCAAUCGCGAAGGGUAAUAUUGAGAGGUUCGUUCCCGUCGAGUCCAGAAGCCCUCCUUUUUUUCCUUUCCCCACUAAAAAGCAAGGCUCUCCUGCAGAACCUACCUGCUUGGAUUAUGCGACUUGAAUCGCGAAUCAUGCCCCAUAGUAAGAGUCUGGGCAUCAGCUAACGUCUACCCAAAAAAAUCAAAAAAGAGAUUAGACAAGCUCAACUGCUUCCAAUGCUAACCUACACCCACACCUUCGAAAAGAGAAAGAAAUGGGUGGGACAAAGAUUUUCCUGCAUCCGCCGGAGAGCUAUACAUGGGGCAGGAAGGGAUUGAAGCUGAUAUGGGUUCGUAUUUUUAUUAUUAUUUUAUUUUCCCCGUCGCUACCCUUUGCUAAAUUGAUUUUUUUUUUUUCACCUUUUCACCCUCCUGCAAAGCAAGCCUCUCCCUCGAUUUUGGAAGGGCAGACUCUGGCCAAAUAUGUUUUCCCGGACCCCUAUGGUAGAGGUGUCUUAGGGGAUGAAAGUUUGGAGCUACGGUACCGUUAGACUAUGAUAUGAUUUCUUUCGGCUCUGCUUCCAGCUGUCCCAGGCCGUUUUCUUGGCUCAGCCUGCUCACCCCCACCGUACCUCAUUCCUUGUGACCUGCCAGAGUCUCCAACGGAUUCUUUUUGUUUCUCUUUCCCCCCCCCCCUCCCCCUCCUCCCCUCCACCCCUCUCAUCCUCCCCCCCAGUUUUUCAACCGUAUCAGGCGCGAUUGUGGUCUGUGUCCCUCGCAGCGCGCACCAGCCACGUUCAGUGGUGAGGUCGUUCACUCCCGAGACAACAGGCCGCCCGCGAGUCCCAUCCUGCACUGUACUAGUAUUCGAGUAGAGUACCGGUACCGUACCCCAAGGAGGUCCAGCCGCAGUUGGUUCCAUCGGAGCUGGAAAUGAUGCCCGUCACUCCCCCUGCACAUCCUGGUCAUCGAAAUUCAUGCGAUCUGUUUUUUAAAUCUUUCACUUUUUUAUUUUUAUUUUUUUCUCCUCCACUCUUUUCUUUUCUUUCCCCCUACUCGAGUAUCCCCUCCAGCGUGGCAGCGGCUGCGCAUCAGCGGUUUCCAUCACAUUGGCUGACCGCAACCGCUUGGACAGUCUGUAAGGAGCUCAACCGGUGCACUGCCAGCAAGGAAAGGAAUCUCUUCCAUUGGUAGCCGAAGCCGUUGCCAGAGAUUCGAGAGAGAUAUCUACGGUAACGAGCUCGCUAUAUUCUGGGACCAUAAAGUGUGCACCCGCAACUUCUUGAUGUAAUAUUUCCGCGCAACAAUAAUAACAGCCUCGUAACGAGAAUGUAUAUAUUGGCGCUUGAAGAGUGUGAGCCGCGGUUGUCUAUUAGCGUAAAUUACGGGCACGGAUAUGUCUUUGCCGUUGGACUAACUGAAACGGAUAAUAAUAGAAGUUUUUUCUUUUCUCUCUCUCUCUCUCUCUCCUUAUGCGAGCAAGUACAAGCGCCUAUGCGUCUCCAACCACUAUUUGCCUCGGGUGCUGCUAUCAGAGUUUAGGCGACUCCGUAUGCCGCUAGCGCGGGAAUCGAGCAUGAAUAGGAGCGAUGGCGUGAUGGGAUGAAUAUAUUAUGAUCGAAAAAAAGCACGUCUACAGUGCAAACGCGGCACGCUACAUCAACAUAAAUAUCCUGAAAAAAAACUUAACAUAAGGUAUAGAAUAGGAAGAAACAGCUACACUUCUGCAGCGCCGUACCAGAACAAGAAUCAUCUCGGCCGGUGACCGACUUCGAAGCUUUGCGAGGCUCACUUACCCUUCGGGACAAGUGGUGAUUAAGGGCCUAGGCUUCGGUUAAACUUAAUUUUGAGAGUCUGUGGAUCCCCCCGUAAGCAGUAUAAAUGGCCUCAAUGCUUUCUGCACUCCAUUCCCGGUAUCGAUUUUCCCAAUGCUUGCUUUUUCUAUUUUUCUUUCUAAUGCUAUCCCCGACUCGAGUUCUUUUCCUUUUCCUCCCUCCCUUUCUUUCCUUCUUUUCCCUCUUCAACCAUUAUGGCCGUCAGUAACAUGGUGUGGUGUGUUAAUGUUUUAGAGAGACUCAGGCCCGUCACAGCUGGAUGCUAACAAUAGCGAUGGUGUGAUAGCGGUAUCUCA